UGACCGAAGACGCAUCGGCCGAUGACUUUUUCGUGCUUUGCCCGCUGAUCGACAGCGCGUAGCUAUGUGUUCCUCGGUGACGCCUGCGCCAGCUCCGGCGAACCGACACAAAAGGCGACGCGCCGUCUGGGCGAUUCGAUGAGUGUUGUGACAAACAAAGGCGACCCGACGAGAACUUCAAAAGGAGCGAGAGUGUAAAAAUCAGCGUAUCAGUCGUGCCGAGCGUCUAAAAGCUCAGGCAGGCGCCGUCAAAAUUCUUUUCCCACGUCCUGCGAUGAGUCUUCGGACCCUUUCCAGGCAAAGGGGAGUGCCAAAUUAGCUCGGAAACAGCCCUGAGUUUCCUGCCAGUCCGACGAGCGAAACGCGACGGACGACGUCGUCGUCGGGCAUGUCACGUCUCGACGUUAGGCCUACUGCCACCAGACGCGUUGACGACUUGGACGGCCGCCGCUGGUGUGUUGUGCGUUCCCGGAUUAUCAUGGUUUUUCCGAGAGCCGUCGGCCCCCGCCGUUGCCAGCUGCUGAUGUUCUGAAGCGACGCGCUCGACCCCCACACAUCGGCCAGCCAUGGGAAAUUGCCUCAAGUCGAUGUCGUCCGAUGACAUCUCGCUGCUGAGGGAUAACCAAGGCACAAGGGACUCGUCAGCUGAUCAGCUCGGACCCCCGCCGCCUUACCAGGAGACGGUGUCCAUGCCGGUGUACUACCCUUCGCCCAACGUGAGCCGUCCAGCCUGCCAGCUGACCGAGGAAGAGCAGGUGGUGAUCGCCCAACGGAUGGGCCUCAUCCAGCACCUUCCGACAGGCCUCUAUGAUGGCAGCAAGAAGAACAGAGAGUGCGUGAUAUGCAUGGGAGAGUUUGCAAUGGGCGAUGCAGUCCGGUUCCUGCCCUGCAUGCACAUCUACCACACGGACUGCAUCGACGACUGGCUGAUGCGCUCCUUCACGUGUCCCUCGUGCAUGGAACCGGUGGACGCGGCACUGUUGACCACCUACCAGACCAACUGAGGCCACCCCUCGCGACACAUUGCGCGUGCGCGCACACUCAUUGGUCUGUGUUGACGUGGGAUGUGUUUAGCCGCCUGGCAUCCUCUCCGAACUGUCUGCUGCUGCAGGGUGUGCCGCGGCUGUACUAAGUGAGCGAAAUUCGCAAAGCGCAGACGCGCGGGAACUCCUCGCCUCUGUUGCGCGCAGAGAGCGAGACGAAGUUCCUCAGACUCCGUCAGUUGCUUCCGCCUACCAUGGUUUCACGAGCGCACCAAAAGGAGGCCGAGAGCACUUCCAACGUCGCGAGACGUGGAGCGACGCAGGCCCGUCGACGCCAACCCUAGGGGCUUGGCGCCUCCUGCCGUCAUUAAAAAUUGUCCAGCCAGAAAAGCGCACCGGCGCAAGCUUCUGCUUGAGGACUUCUCAGUGCUGGCUUUCUGGGCUUUUCCCCCAAGCCUGUGUGUGGAUAUGUAAAUAGAGAGAGUGUAUUAGUAGUGCUUAGUUGUGAUGUUCGAAGGUUAAUGGAAGGCUCUCUCCCCUUACCUUCCCUGGUGCGUGGCGCACCUCCCGAGUGUGUCGGCUUAGUGGGCUUUGCAUUGACAUGACCUUGUAUCGGAGCGUUGUUUGAAAGGCUUGUCUUUUUUUUUUUUUUCCGUAGUUAUCAUUUGGUCCUGUUUCUUUUUGUUGUUCCUCUGUUCGGUCAUUUGCUGAGGAAGCUAACACCCUGCAGAAGAGAGCAGUGGUGAUAGCGUGGGCAAACACUCCAGUGUCUGGAUUGAUAGCCCCUUUGAGUGAGCCUAGUUUUCAUCCACUUGUGAUAAGUUGGUGCCUGCGCCCGCGUCGUAAGCCGUGGGCAUUGCUGUUUUAGAGCAAGUCUGGAAGAAAGGACACGGUGCUGACUUCGUACUUUGCCACUGUGUUGGCUAUUCAUCAGUUGUAUUGACCCACUUCGAGCGUGUUAACAAAAGCGGCUUUGAAUAGCUGACCCAUGAUUCCUCCUAUUGUUCUUGAAACGAGGUCCUUAACUGUCCUAUGUCUGUUCUGUCCGCUCAUCGAUCUGUUUCCCUUUAUUGAAGGUCUCAAUGUGAAAUCUUUCUUGCCGAUUGCUAUUGCGAGGACAGAGCAAUGGUUAUGAUCAAUGUUUUUUGAACGUUGGUAGUGGUGUGCUUAUGUUGAAGCAACAAACAGAAGAAAGCUUCUUUGGUGUUAGUGACAGUACGAAGCCCAAAGUCACGUUGCACAAUUCAGUUCGGUGGUGGUAAUUGCCAGCGAACUGUUGUCUUUUUUGUUGUGAUGUAAGAAUCAAUGCCACACUGUGCUCCACAACAAGCUGGGUAGAGUAGUGUGGCGUCAAACUUGUAAGUGUAAACAUGGCUUGCAAAAAAUGGAAGCACCGGUUUCUCAUGUACCAAAGCGAGCAGAUGGGCAGGGAAAUGAUUAGUCAUACUUGACCUUUAACGGACUUUACAGAUCCUUGAAUAUUUAGUCAAAAAUGUUAAGAGUAGUUGCUUGCACCUCUUGCUUGCUUGUGCCCAAACCUCAUAAUGCGUAUUGCCAUUCUGUAUAGCGAAGCAUUUUUGCGCUAGGUUAUCUGAGAAAUAGAAAUCCACUGCCUAAACUAAAGCUAAACUAAACUGUGAAGCGACUUGUGGAAACAUUGGUGUGCAAAGAGGUCCUGCAGGACUGUAAGCACGCCUUGUUCAUGACGCUGCAGGCCAUUGCAAAGUGGAGUAGCUGGUUUGUCUUUUGCAUAGAUGACACCAGUUAAGCUAGUUCCUUGGAACUUUUAUUGCUACCAGGCGAGUAGGAUACAGAAAUGGGUAAUGCAACAAUGUUAAACGUGCAAUAGGGGAUGGGGGCUGGCUGAACAUUACACAAGCACCAAUCGCUGUCAAAAUGGGAUGUUAACUGUUUUUUCCCCCCCAAUCGUACGAUGUGUAAACGUUCCCCCCGCACUGAUAAUUAUAAUAUAACUAAAUAUCUGGGCACGAGCAAACAAGAGUUGUAAUUUUUUUUUUUCUUUGAAGAUUUCGUGUAUGUUUGAUAUAUUUGAAUACAGGGUGAGUGUAAGCUGUUCACACAAUGUACUGCAAAUUUCCAGUUGGUAUGCUGCGAUACCACGGCCAAGGCCAGUGUCUCCUGUUAUGCUCCAAGCUUGAUUAAAAAUUUGUAAGGAGUUUAGAUUUGCUGGUGGCGAAGGCCAGAUUGCAGUGCUGGCUAUUAAUCUACUUGAAAUGAAUCUGCCUAGUGCCAGAGUUCGACUGUAUAUGUAUAACAGCACAUUGCUUCAGAGUAGCGGUUGUUUGCACAUUUGUAUAGCUUUUGAAACUUGAGCUUACCAGGGUUUUCGCCGCACUACGAUUGCCGCACGGUCACAGAUCCAAAUAUAGCCAGCCAGCUUAGCUUCCUUUUAAAUGGUUGUUGGCAGUAGGUUGAGGCAGCUUGAACAUCUAUAAGAGAAAUAGACAUCUUUUCCGUAAGGAGCCCCUGUAUUUUAUGGCCACCUAGAACGGUUUCUUUUUGUGGGGGUGGGGGGGAUGUGGUCGCAAAUGACGGACUGUGGUUUUGAGUCCUACAUGCAACGCCAGCCUGCUAUGGAAGUGAACAACGGCUGUUGCACCAAGUAUUUCCGGUAUUUUGUUUUUUAUCACCCGCAAUAUUGUUUUGUUUGUUUUGCAGACAAAGUUGUUCUUUAUAGACGCACACUUCACUUUCCCGUUUUUUUUUUUUUUUUUUUUUUUUUUAUCCCCGGACAUGGUGUAGGAAUCGCAUCCGUACUUACUGGUAGCCAAACUCAUUCAUUCACCACUUCUUGUUUGUCUGCAAGUUGUUUCACAGACGGCUUUCCAUUAGCUUUUUUUUUUUUUUUUUUUUUUUUAUGAACGCUUUCUUGGGAGAAAUGAACACAAUAGCUUUGUGUUAAAAUUUGGUUCAUCAGUGGAAUUGCGAGAAAGGUUUCAGUGGUCGGUCAGUAUACUUACCACACCAGAAUGGACACUUGUGCUAGUUUUGAAAGCGUGGAAGGCCCACUGUUUCAGUUUGCGCAUACCUUGUUUUGAGCUUGUGAAACAUUGGGAUGCUCCUUUCUGUGCUAUGCUCUCGGGUGUGUUGGCAAAGAAGAAAAAAAAAAAAAGAAAAGAAAAAACAGCAGAGAGCCUUUCAUCGCGCAAAGUAAAAUAUCUUGGCCUAGUCAUUAGCAGUGAUGGAGCUUUCAUGUGCGGUUUUCAUUCCUUCUUGGGACGUGUAAAUAAAAGAAAUAUGCUUGACAA